AAUGAAGUAACAGAACUACGUACGUCAGAUCAGAUGGUUGAGCGUUAUUCCUUUUGCUUAUUUAUUUGUAAGUGAUAUGUUUUGUUUAUCUUAGAUCCAACUGUGAAAUUACUACACUGGAUAUCUCUGUUUCCUUUUCCAAGGUUUUCUUACCUUGUUUAGUACAAACACUUGUCUAGUGGCUUACUUUGAUUGAACUCAUUCGAUCUAGUCGAUCAACACACUCGUAUUUACUUUCUCUAGACAAGCUAGUUGUAGUUGUGUGUGCAAUUUUUCAAGAAAUUACGCGAUAUCCCUAUGGAAUUUAACUUCUAGUGACACUUAUUCUUAUUCCAACAUCAUGCUAAAGCAUUUAUCAAAUGUAAUUAAAGUGGCAGAAGCUUCUACAAAGAUGACUAUGGGAGAAGAAAGCAUGUUGUCUUCUUUAGUGUUGCCUAUUUUGGUGGGCCCAUCUCUGGUAAACUUGGAGAAACAAGAUCCAGGUGCUGCCCAACUGCUGAAAGCUGCCUUUAGUAAUGCCGAAUCUGCCCAUCCAGGCCUCUGCCACAGUUUCAUUUUGGGACUGAUGAAAAAGGCAGAAUUGUCACAAAAAGUCAACAUGAAUGAGAGUCUUUUAAGAGUUCAAGGAGCAGCCUUGGAUCAAGAAUCACCUGAUUACAGAAUUAACCGCUCUGAAGAUGCCUUUCAGGAACUGUGUAAGAAGUCAGUUGGUUUGAAGAAGAUCCUGAGUAGAAUCCCUGAUGAGAUUGGAGACCGCAAAGCCUUUCUGGAGACUAUUAAAGAAAUUGCAAGUGCCAUAAAGAAACUGCUUGACGCAGUUAAUGAAGUGGCCGUCUACAUAAUAUUCGGCUCGGGAAAACAGCGCCUGGAACAGCGAAAACGAGAAUUCGUCAAGUAUUCUAAACGGUUCAGCACGACGUUGAAAGAAUACUUCCGCGAUGGACAAGCAAAUGCUGUCUUCCUGAGUGCCCUCUGCUUGAUACAGCAAUCCAAUUUCAUUAUUACAACCGUUAAAGAUUGUUGUGAAUAAGUUUUGUUAAAAAAUCUUUCAAGCUGCGGUGAAGGUCGAUGCUCGGAGACGUCGCAAUUCGGUAGCGGUUUAAGUGGUGCUUCACACACAGUCGUGAAUAUUUAUAUUUCAAAAAAUAAAAACACAACUUAAUCCGUUCUUUCAUCGUUUUACACCGUCCAUUUUCAGAUCAGGUGUGAGUACCCUUGAGGGGGUUGUCUGCAUCUCUUCACCCCAUUUUUUUUUCUCUCUCUCGUUAUCUUAUCAUCCACAAAAUCCUUAUUGCUCGCCACCUCCUAGACCGCUCCUAAUGAUGAAAUCCGUUGCAUGUUAUCCUAGCCCGACCUAACAUUCCAGAGAAUAAACAUUGUUGAACUUUC